AUGGACACGCUUUGUCCUGGCGGCUUCAGUUCGACGUUCAGGGAGGCCGUGGUGGGUCAGCACGGAGGCUUGGACGGGUCGCUCUGGGCGCUCAACCGCGGGCAUCUCGUGACGAUGCUGCGCCAGCCAGAGCAGCGCUUGAUUUCGGGCUACAACUAUCUGGAUCAAAUGGAGUGGCCGUUCGACACACCGGCGGCGAGCCUCAGGGAGUACGCAGAGUGGAUGGCCGGCGGCACCGUGCGGCAGCUGACGAGGGGCGGGGGGCACGCCUCUGGAGAGCUUCCCUUGCCAACCUCAGAGGAGGUGAGCAUCGCGAUCCAGAGGCUGCGGGAGGGCUUCGUGUUCGUUGGGAUCACGGAGCAGUGGGAUCUCUCCAUCUGCCUUUUCCGUGCAAUGUUUGGGGGCGCGUGCGUCAGCUCAGACUUCUCGAACACACGGCAAGGGAACAGCUCUUCUGGAGGCUCUCUGUAUGAUACCAGUGAGCUGUAUGGCUUUGUUGAUGUCUAUGAUGGGCCUGUGUAUGCCGAGGCUCAGGACAUGUUCAGGCAGGGAAUCAAGCUAUACGGAGUUGUCGAGGACAAGUGCGGUCUAGACUGCUGA